AUGGCUCCCAAUCGAGGUAAAGGCAAGGCACGAGCUGUUGACGGUCCGGCUCGAGCGCUUACAAACGGCCAACGGACCACUCGAUCUUCCCGGAAGUCUAAGGCUGGAAACGACGAUGUUUAUGGAGAUAUGCUUGCCGAGGCGGCUGUCGUCGAUCCCCUGGCGGAGGAGCUCUCAGACAGACCGUUGAAGAGACGGCGAGUGGCCGCGAAGUCGAAGCCGGAUGCCGGCUCUCCAGGAAAGCAUGAGCGGCAGCUGAAUACGCCACCCCGCCCGUUACCCCUGAAUAUGCAGACGGUGGAAGACUCUUCUGCUUCAGAUGACGAAGAUGAGAGCGACUUCGGCUUCGAAGACGUGGACCUUGAUCAGCCUGCUGCAUCCAGCCCGGCCGCAGCUGACCAGCACGACGACGGUAUUGCAGACGUCUCCGUUGCCGUGGACUCCGUCCCGAAGCGUCAGGUCCGCCUGAAGCGCAAACCAGCAUCCGUCGCAGAGAAAGCAUAUCGACUCCAGGUGCACAAAGCCCACGUACUCUGUCUGCUCGGACACUGCAUGUACAUCAACAGCUGGUGUAACAAUCUUUCUGUUCAGCGACAUCUGCGGCCACUGCUACCCAAGAAUGUCAUCUCCUUCCUAAACCCAAAAGCAGCAGACUCUCAAUUCCGGCAGACCGAAGCUUUCAUGGACGGCCUAAGACAAGCCUCGGACAUCUUCAGGGGGACAUUCCAAAUCACAGCUUCUGGGAUGCGCAGCGCACAGUGGGAGACAGAACCAGAUGAUAUCAAAGCUGGGCCAGUGGAUCGGUCCGACUUUAUCUCGGCUGCUCGCGAUCUCGAAGGCUCGCAGGACACUGGUAAUCAGCUGUUUUGUGCUCUAUUACGAUCUGUUGGGGUUGAGGCUCGACUGGUCUGCUCUCUACAGCCUCUACCCUUUGGCAACCCGACAAACAAGUCCAGCACGCCACAAAAGGUGAACAAGCCAGUCGUGUACGCCACAGCGUCUGGAAUGCGUUCUUCAGCUCCAAACUCUGACACCGACGACCAUGCUAUGCAAUCCUCUUCAACGGUAGGCAAAGUCCCAUCAGCCCGCCGCCGUCUCGGUCAGCCCUCAUUUGCUCCCGAUCCAGCACCACCUGUAGCAUCAUCCAAACCAAAGACAUCUGUUCGAAGACUGAACUUUCCUGUCUUUUGGAUAGAAGCAUUCAAUCCAGCUCAUCAAAAGUGGAUUCCGGUGGACCCUAUCGUCUCAAGUACCGUCGCCAAACCAUCUAAGCUGGAGCCACCAUCAUCCUAUCACCUCACUCAGCUCAGCUACGCCAUUGCGUUCGAACAAGACUGUGUAGUCCGGGAUGUCACCCGUCGUUACGCUCGUGCGUUCAAUGCCAAAACCCGCCGUACCCGAGUCGAAAGCACGACCAACGGCGCCGCAUGGUUCAAGAAAGUUUUGCGCUUCUUCCGCCGCAGAGGCGAAGCCUUGGAUCGGGAUCAAGUAGAGGACGCUGAGCUGAGCCAGCGCGAGGCGAAAGAAGGGCUACCGGGUAAUGUGGUGGACUUCAAAGAUCAUCCUUACUACGCGCUCGAGCGGCAUAUGAGACGCCAUGAAGUCAUACACCCGAGGCGAGAGGUCGGCAAGGUCAAUGCUGGCACGGCUGCGAAGCCACGUAUGGAGGCGGUCUAUAGGCGGACCGACGUAUGCAUUUGUCGCAGCGCAGAUAAGUGGUUCAGGCUGGGUCGCGAGAUCAAGGAAGGCGAGCAGCCGCUGAAGCGUAUUCCUGCGCCUCGCUCCAGGAGACUGCAGAGGUCCCCUUCUGCUGCAAUGGACGGUGAUGACGGAGGCGAGGAGGAGAGGGAGAUGACACCUCUCUACGCGCACUUUCAGACCGACCUGUACGUGCCGCAGCCCGUCCGUAAUGGCAAGGUACCUCGCAACGCUUUCGGCAAUCUCGACAUAUACGUUCCUUCCAUGGUUCCUGCAGGAGGCGUGCACGUUCGACAUCCGCUCGCACGUGACGCGGCCAAGGUUCUGGGUGUUGAUUGGGUUGAUGCCGUGACGGGCUUCAAAUUUGAAGGCAGGAGAGGCACACCGGUCACAGAUGGAGUCGUUAUUGCGGAAGAGAACGGCGAUUCUGUAAGAACUAUCAUUGAAGGCUUGCUGGACGAGCGAGUGGAGGAGGAGGCGAUGGCGAGAAGUAAAGUUGCGCUGGGCUUGUGGCGCAAGUUCUUGGUAGGCUUGAGGAUCAGAGAGAGGGUAGCGACGUAUGGAGAAGCAGCAGCCGAUGUUGAGAUGGAAGAGGACCAUGGUGGAAAUAAUGACGAUCUGGACUACGAGGGCGGUGGGUUUGUUCAGUCAGACGCUGCGGAUAACGAGACGUUGCCGACUGCAGGUCGCUUCUCGUUGAUGGAACUUGCUAGCGGCACUGCUUCACGCAAGAAGAAAGUUGAUGGUGCGGCUAAGCAGAGUAAUAAGCGGGUUAAGGACGAGGAGAGCGAAGAAGCUGCUGACUUUUCGGAUGCUGGAAGCGAGGAUGGCGAUGAAGAUGACAGCAGGGCCAAUCCUUCGACGUCUGCCUCCCGAGUUACUCGCAGCCGACGGAGGAUUGUAGAGGACGAGGACAGUGCGCACGAAACCACUCCCGAACGCGGAGAAGCGCUCCAUACUGCCCACCACCAUGCUAGCGACGAGGAGGGCGGCGGGUUUCUGCCCGACGACAGUGACAACGACAUCACUGGCGGUGGCUUUCUGCCCAGUGCGGUAACCCAAGAAGGAUAUGGUGGAGGAGGAUUUGUUCCUACAGACGACGGUAGCAGACUCCUCCAAGACGGCUUGGAUGAGGGUGGAGGUGGCUUCCUACCGGAUGAGGAGGCUGGACCAGAGGUGGAUGACCAUGUUGGCAAUGCUGCAGGUGAUUUCCUGCCGGUCGACGGUGGUGGCUCAGGUUUGGAGAAGGAUGAUCACGAUGACCAUGGAGGUGGCUUCGUGCCUGAUGAAGACGAUAUGGCCACUGAAGGUAAUGAUGGUCACAGCCAGAAUCUCCAGCCGAGGAACGAGCCUCAUCAAGAACUAAGUCGUUCCGCGAAUACUCCAGCGGAGCCACCGGGAGAGAAGCAAGCGUCCGACCAAACGGAUAUCAUCACGUCCGCGACACCCAAUCGGCGUCUGGAUGCGGAUACGACUACGAGAGCCAUCAACUCAUCUGUCACCAUUGCCGGGACAGAGCCCGCUGCCAGCGAGGCGGACGAGAGCGAUCGAGGCUCGAUGCUUUCGCAUGACCCGGAGGACGAAGAUGCGGAGCCAGAUUGGCUUGAGAGUGAUUGA